AUGGGAUUGGUGAUCGUUGACCUGGUGAGGGUGGUCGACGAUGGCGAUGGCACGAAGUCGCGAGUUGGAAAAUGGGAACGGUUCUUGUCCUGUCGAGACGCAAUCGCCGCCGCCAUUCCGCUCACAGCCAUCAAGAUCAUCCUGGUUGUCUGGCAAAUCGUAACCCAGUUUGCAUCCGUGGUUGACGUGGAGUACCCAGAAAUAUACGAGAGGUUCCUGGCAGCGUUGAACUUGGUAAAUUUCAACCUGGGCUACUUCUUGUCCUUCCUGUGUCUGGUGGAAACAAACUUCUACGGGCGCCUAGCUUUUUCGACUAUUGUGCCACUGGCUAUUCUGGGUGGGCUUGCGGCGAAACAUGCCAUCGCCAAGCGAAACAAUCGGCACUCGCAGGUGGGGAUGCGAGAGGCGACGGACAAACAUUUGUCGAUCGCACUGUUCAUCGUGUUCGCCAUCUACUCUUCGGUGUCUUUCACCAUAUUCCAGACCUUCAUGUGCGAGACUCUGGACGAUGAAGUGGAGUACUUGCGGGCUGACUACAGUCUUACCUGCUCGACCAGCACGCACACGAUAAUGGAGGUCUAUGCCGGCCUGAUGGUACUGGUGUACCCCAUAGGUAUCCCUGCCGUCUUCGCUUGGUGGCUGGCUUCGAACCGAAAAGAUCUUGUUCAGGACAGGUCUGGUGGAACCACAACCCCAGAAAACUUGCGACCGAUGAAGGACCUCUGGGAGCCGUACAAACCAAGGCGCUACUUCUACGAGCUGGUGGAAUGCGGCCGGCGAAUAGUGCUGACAGGUCUCGCUGUCUUUUUAUUUCCGGGCACUGCCGCGCAAGUGGCGAUCGAGGUGGCGUUUGCAGCUGGACUCCUUGUGGUGUUCGAAGUACUCGCGCCGUUUGUUGACCCCAUGGACGCGUGGCUGUACCGCUCCGGUGCACUGGUCGUAUUUUUUAGCAUGUACCUGGCGCUUUUGUUGAAAGUUGACGCCUCGGACGAAAACAGCGAAAGCCAACAAGUGUUUGCGGCUGUGCUCGUAGCGGCGCACGUCAGCAUGGUAUUGGCGGUGCUGUUGAGUUCUUUACUGUCCGCGAAAAAGGUUGGCAUUGAAGCCAUGAGGAAGCAGGUCGAAGUUCGGGACGUGCCUGUUGCCAGGAACACCCGCAGCAGCUGGCGAGCGUCCGAAACACUCGGUGCAGAGGAGGAGCCCGGCGAAAGCGGAGAUAACUGGGAGCCACGCCUCGGCCUGGCUGCUUUAACGGAACAGCCACAAGAAUACCAGAAUGAGGGGAACGGCGCCUCCGACGGCACGAUGUGGAGUCGACGCUCUCUCCUUCUCUGA